CACCUUUUGGUGCAUACAGUUGUAGCCAACUCGUUUUGCGUGAAUCUGUUUUUGCUCUCUACCGCUCUCAGCCGAACUCCCUCUCUCGCUCUCUGUUUUUGUUUUGAGGUGCAAUUUUAUUGGUAUUUUUUGUAUUUUAAAUUGACUGUUGUCUGCCUCUGAUGUAACCUACAUACGAAUCUAUAAAAUGCUGCAAAAUGCGAAUUAUUGGAAUCAUAAUAGCUUCGGAUAGCAAUUCGUGGCAUCUUGUUGCCAAUCGAUUUAAAGAUCCUCGCAGAAGAUAACCUUGUUCGAGAAUUCGCGAUGAUUAAUGGCGUUACAAAGCAAAAGCCACCACAUUUAAGACAAUGCAACAAGAAAGCAUCCGACCAAUUAGCACCUACGACAAUUUAAGUGCCAGUAUUGCCAUUAACAACAAAGCAUCCAAACCGAAAGGCGAACCAUUAUGCGCUGGAGAAAGUUCAGGACCGCCCAGGGCAGUCAAAUGCAUUUACGAUAAUUAUGACUCAAACGUUCAAUGUGACUCAAUCUCAACAUUAAAUGAAAGUCUUCAAAUUACGCCCAGUACAUCACAUCAGCCGCUGGCAGCUGUAACGACAACAACAACUGAUCGACAUCACCUGGGAUCCGACCAAUUCAGAGACCUAAACGAGACCAGUCAUAGUGUCGCAGCGGCUAGAGCAGCACUUAUUGAUGCCAAGUGCAAAUUCUUUGGUAUCAACAACUACGAUACUUUAGAUGCAGCUGUGCCGUCUUUAGAAAAAACUAACUUACAAAAGCAAAUGCAUGGGAUUAAGCCGGAACACAAGAACCAAAAUGUGCCACCUUCUAUCCAUGUUCAUGUAUUGUCUGACGCCGGCGAUUUGAAGCCAAUGAAAGAAGCAACAUCAAAAUCAAGUCAAUCACCAGACAGAUCGUUGCGCUAUGGGGCAACAUAUGAACAAAUUCCAUUACGAGAUUCCGAUGAACUACAGCCAUCGCAGGCGGUGUAUAUGAGUACAACAGUGCCGCAGAACAUGAAGGGCAUAAGCAUCGCUGGACGACAUACACCAACCCGAAAUAGUUUAAGACACAGUCGCAUGAUUGUUGUAAAUAAUAAAUCCCAACAUACUAACCAGGAAUCAUAUUCUACUGACCUACGUAAUUUGUAUUUCUCGCGCCAGCUCCUCAUAUUGCAACUGGCAAUAGGUCUGCUGUUAGGAGGUCUCGCUUUAUGGAUACUUAUUCGGUCACCGAAUGCAUCGAUACUGCUUAAUCCAUACUUAAGCGGCCUAUCGCUUUUAUUUGCUAGUAUUGUCGGUCUAAUACUACUUGGACAGAGUCGCCGAGUUGUUGAAUAUAACAACACGCCAAAUAACAACUGCUACAAGGUGUUGAUUGCUGAAUUAUACGUAUUUUCUGCACUGGCUUUAAUUUUUUGCUGUUUGGCACUAGUCUGUGCAGCAAUUAAGUUUGCAGAGCUUACAUCCACUAAUGGAGUCUGUGGGCCGGCCACAAGCUCAAUAUUGAGUUACCACAAUUGCACCUGUUUGGUGAAAGAAAACCAACAUGCAGGGUCAUCGGAGCUACUGAAUGAUGAGGCCAAUGAGAAUGUCAGCAACAACAGCAUUAUCCAAAGUUGUGCAGCGAUUCGAAAAGAAUGGAAAUAUCUCUUAGGAUUCUCGAUGGCUCUUAACACACUGGGCAUGCUUGCAACGUUGUUUUAUCUUGCAAUGCUUAGUUGCUUUCAGAAUAAUUAAAACUUUUAUCAAAAUUGUACCUUAGUCCUCAAAUGAUUAAAAUAAUUAAACAAAAAAAUUAAACAGAAAAUAGCUAGACAUACAAAUCAGUUUCGUAUAUUUUGUAUAUUUACAAAUAGUUAUUACAUAAAUAAAAUCAUUACAGCAUGUA